ACCAUUCACAAGAAAACUGCUUCAACCCCUCCUUUUUUCGUAUCUAAAUUAAGUCCCAUCUUUAAACCCCACAAAUUCAUAGUUACACAUCAAAAAUGGCGCACAAUGAUGAACAAGAUCGAGAAACCAAAAGAUUCCACUACCCACUCGACCCUAACAGCUACCAGAUCCUCCAAGAGAUCGGGAGAGGAUGUAGCGCCAUAGUCUAUAAAGCCCUAUGCACCACCACCUCCACCGUAGUUGCUAUCAAAUCCAUCGACCUCGACCGGUCAACCACAGAUGAUUUCGAAAAUAUCCGCCGGGAAGCCAAAACAAUGUCCCUUCUAUCUCACCCAAACGUUCUCAAAGCCCACUGCUCUUUCACAGUCGCCAGUCGUCUGUGGGUGGUGAUGCCUUUCAUGUCCGCAGGCUCUCUGCAAUCCAUCAUAACCUCUUCUUUCCCUAACGGCAUUUCAGAGAAUUGUAUUUCGAUAAUCCUUAAAGAAACUCUAAUGGGUCUACGUUAUCUACACGAUCAAGGCCAUCUUCAUAGAGACAUCAAAGCUGGGAACAUUUUAAUGGAUUCAAAUGGAUCAAUCAAGUUAGCAGAUUUCGGUGUUUCAGCGUUUGUUUACGAAUCAAGUUCUCGUUGUCUUAUGCUUAAAGAAAUCACAGGAACGCCUUACUGGAUGGCACCUGAAGUUAUUCAUUCACACAAUGGGUAUAGCUACAAAGCUGAUAUAUGGUCAUUUGGAAUCACUGCAUUGGAAUUAGCAUACGGAAGACCUCCACUAUCGCACCUUCCAUUCUCAGAAUCUUUAGCAAUGAAGAUAACAAAAGGUAUACGAUUUUCACAUUACCAGAAAGAAGAAGAAAAACUGCUCAAGAACACGAAGUUAUCAAAAUAUUUCAAGGACAUGGUGGGAUUAUGUCUGGAUCAAGAUCCUCUAAAACGCCCUACAGCAGAGAAACUGUUGAAGCAUUAUUUCUUCAAAAACUGUAAAGGGUGUGAUUUUCUGGUGAAGAAUUUGCUGCAGGGAUUGCCUUCUGUGGAACGUAGGUUUAAAGAAACUAAGUUUGAAAGAGUUGGAUCAAUGAGCAAAGAACAAAUGGAAGACGAUAAUGAUGAAGAGGUAGACGAGUUUUUGAUUGGGAGUAAUGUGAAGAAAAACCGAAGGAUUAGUGGGUGGAACUUCAAUGUGGAUGCUUGUGAGCUGGAUCCUGUGUUUCCUGUUGGGGAUACAAGUUAUAGAUCGAAGAGCUUGGACGAAGGUCUGCAUAUGAACGCGAAUCCUCAAAAAGAUGUAUUUGCUAAACAAAUUACAUUUGGCGGAGAAAGUAUAAUUUCUGAAAUGAGAGGGGAGUUAGAUGGAAAUAAAGUAAGUUUACCUAAUGUGGUGACCAUUGAUGGUGGUGGCGGUGAUGAGGAGGUUGAUAUUGUUGGUGGGAGUGGUGGUGUUGAUAGAGAAGUUGUGGUGGGGAGUUUGAUGACAUUGAAGAGGAGUUUGGAUGAUCAAAGAGAGAAGGUGGUGUAUAUGCUUUCCAUGGUCGGAGCUGAAGAAACUAUAUGUAGUGGUGGUGAACUUGAUAGCAGAGAAGAUUCAUUAAUGCAAAUGAUAGAGAAGUUAAGACUGGAGUUGGAUAAUGAAAAGAGAAAGAGAUCUAGUUUGGAAAUGGAGUUGGAGUUUUUAAAGUUGCACAUAACUAGUAACUCUGAUGUCUAAGGUUUUAU